AUGCCGUCCAAGCCAGCCCCAAUCAAGAAGGCGGCUAAGAAAGUGCCAGCCAAGAAGGAGGAGAAGGCUGCCGAGCCCGCUCCGGAGCCCGUUGUCGAGGCCGCUCCCGUCGAGGCCGCUCCCGUCGAGGCCGCUCCUGCGGAGGCAGCCCCGGCCGAAGCCGCCCCGGCCCCCGCUGAGGGCGAAGCCGCACCUGCCGAGGUGGCCCCUGCGGAGGGAGAGGCCCCCGCGGAGCCGCCGGCCGAGGAGCCCAAACCACCCACCCCUCCACCCGCAGACGAGCCCACCAGCGCCCCGCUGGACGUGUUCAUCGAGGAUAAGAAUGACACUUCGGUUACCAUCAUUUGGAGCCAGCCGGAGGUCGUGGGAGCAUCCGGUCUGGACGGAUACGCCAUUGAAGUCUGCAAGGACGGAACCGAGGACUGGAAAGCAGUCAACGAGGAUCUGCAGAAGUCCUGCCGCUACGUGAUCAAGAACCUGACCACCGGCGACCGUCUGAAGAUCCGCGUGGUGGCCCUGAACGCCGGCGGCCGCAGCCCGCCGGUCGCCCUCCCCGAGGCCGUCUUGGUGAAGGAGGUCGCUGAUCGUCCCAAGGUCCGCCUGCCACGUUUCCUCCGGCAGAGAUACGUCGCUAACACCGGAGCCAAGAUCAACCUGACCAUCCCCUUCACCGGCAAACCCAAACCCGUGGUCAGCUGGUUAAAGGACGGACAGCCGCUGGACACGAAGAAGGUGAACGUCCGCAGCACCGACAGAGACAGCAUCCUGUUCAUCCGCACGGCCGACAGAGAGGACUCCGGCGUGUACGAGAUGUGCGUGAAGGUGGACGACUUCGAGGACAAGGCGACGCUCAUCCUGCAGAUUGUUGAGCUGCCGGGUCCGCCCGCCAGUGUGAAGGUGGUGGACACCUGGGGCUUCAACGCUGCUCUGGAGUGGACCGCACCCAAAGACACCGGCAACACAGAAAUCACCGGGUACACGAUCCAGAAGGCCGACAAAAAGACCGGAGACUGGUUCACCGUGAUGGAGCACUACCACAGAAUGAACGCCACCGUCUCCGACCUCAUCAUGGGCAACACCUACAACUUCAGAGCCUUUUCUGAAAACAAGUGUGGAAUAAGCGAGGAGUCUACGCUUGCAAAGGAGGAGGCCGUAAUCUUGAAGACAGGUAUCGACUACAAGCCUCCCGAGUACAAGGAGCGCGACUCCACCGAGGCGCCCAAGUUCACCACCUCUCUGAAUGACAGAGCCACCACCGUCGGCUACAGCACCAAGCUGCUGUGCUCCGUCAGGGGAUCCCCAAAACCCAAGGUUAUAUGGAUGAAGAACCAGAUGAUCAUCGGAGACGACCCCAAGUACAGGCAGAUCUGCGUCCAGGGAAUCUGCUCCCUGGAGAUCCGUAAGCCGGGUAACUACGACGGAGGCGUGUACUCCUGCAAAGCCAAGAACAGCCACGGAGAAGCAACUGUCAGCUGCAAGUUGGAGGUCAAACAGCCGGCGGUUGCAGAUGCAGAAAAGAAAUAA